UGGAGAUGCCUUUGUCUAGGGCUAAUUCCAGUCCCUCCGGCCUCGUAUUAUUAAUAACUUAACAUCCUGAAUCAGAGUCAUGUAAGCGAUUGGAUCCAGACAAUUCUUUGGCUCCCCAGACUAGUUUAAAUGCGACUGCCAAUCCGGAUGCAUGGACACUGGAAUCAGUCUGCCCUAUCCACCAGCCCCUUUCACCGUUGACAUACUUACAAGCUACCUACCAUGUCAACCUACACCCCCGAUCAACUUGACCUCUACCUCCAGCGCAUCCAAUACCCCGAACCCGCCGGCGCCACCCGCCUCCAACAUGCCCAGCAAUGCGUCGCAAGAGACCCGCUGGCCGCGCUGACGGAGCUGCAACGCCGCCACCUGGGCGCCAUCCCGUGGGGCAAUUCGGCGCUGCACUAUUCCCAGCACAAGUCCAUCUCCAUCCACCCGGCGGCCGUCUUCGACAAGCUGGUGCGUCGCCGGCUGGACGGCUACUGCAUGGAGAACACGAACCUGUUCUACGUCGUUCUUCGGUCCUUGGGGUAUACGGUCUAUCCGACCGGCGGUAGGGUCUGUGAGGUUGCGGCCGGAGCGAAUCGAACUCCUGGGGAGGAGAGGUUUUUUGCGCUGGGACACAUGAUUCUGAUUGUGACCAUUGACGGCAAGAAGUAUAUGACGGACGUCGGGUUCGGCAACAACGGCCCAACCAGUCCCAUGGCCCUUGAAGAAGACACCGUAUCUGUCUGCAUCGCCCCCUCGGAGGCGCGUUUGAUCCGCGACAGCCUGCCCGAGUUCGUGGACAAGACGCAGAAGGUCUGGAUCUACCAGAUCCGAUACACGGCGGACGGCGCGUGGCUGCCGCACUACUCGUUCUCGGAGGUGGAGUUUCUGCCGCAGGACUUCGGCAUCAUGAACUACUCCACCAGCACGGGGCGCAACAGCUGGUUUACGCAGAGUCUCGUCUGCACGCGCGUCAUCAUGGACGAGGAGACGGGCACCCAGCCGCGGGGACUGUAUGUUCUGUCCGGGAAGGAGGUUAAAAGGAGAGUGCAGGGGCAAACAGAGCUGGUGGCUACUUUCGAGACCGAGGAAGAUCGCGUCGCGGCGCUGGGGAAGUGGUUUGGCCUGCAGUUCCGGGAUGACGAGGUGGAGGGGAUCCAGGGAUUGGUGUCCCAGCUUAAAUAGACGGAAUCUGCGGGAUGGGUCUAUCCAGUGGAGCUGACGGGAGUGCUGUACAGAUAGAAUUUCUUCUAGAGCUUGUGGAUAUGUAUUUCAAGAAAGUAAAGAAAACUGCGGCUGAACAAAUACAACGUGGACAAGGACAUAACGCCAAACUCGACCCAUGUCGAUCCGG